AUGGGCCAGGGCCAGCUGCAGGGAGGCCUGCUGUGGAGCUACCUAGGUCAUGGAGCGCUGGUCGGACCCUGCGACCUAGAGAGCAGCCUGCACAAUCCGGCCUUCAUGGAGUACACCUCACGUGUGUUUGGAGAUGUUACUGUAGUGGUUCGGGAUUGUCCCAGCUGGGACUUGUUGGACAGCGACUGGGCCAGCGUACGGAAGGUACUUGAGCAGGCAGACAUCCUGGUCAUUAAAUAUUCAGUCACAGACAAACUGGCCUUCCAGCAAGUCAGGAACGGUUAUGCUCCGAGACUCCGCCCGCUACUGAGGCACUGGGGUGUGCCUGUCAUCCUGGUUGCCGUUGGAGCGCGUCUGAAUGAUGAAGGCCCUCCCUGUACGUGUCCACUGUGUGCAUCAGACUGGAGCAGCUGUGUGCCUCACAGUGAAGGUCUGCAGCUGUCCCGGGACCUGGGGGCCACCUACCUGGAAUUGCCCUCUCUCAACCAUGUGUUCGUGGGUCGCUACUUUGGCAGCGUGCUGGAGUACUUCAUGAUCCAGUGUCUGAAACACAAAGCCAAAGAGAGGCCUGAGAAGAGGCGAGGAAACAAAGUGAACGAGCUUCGUCCGCCUCACUUGGAACAACCAGCACGUCUUCCCCCUAUUCGAGUGGAGGAGUCAAGCUUCUCCCAGGACAUGCAGUGGUUGUUGGAGCGUGGAGUGCAGUUCGCCGAUGUGGCUUUCUACGCUGGGGAUUCUGGGAAAGAGUUGGGGUGGGCCCACGCGGCAGUGUUGUGUGCUGUCAGCCCAUACUUCAGACAGCUGCUCCUGGGGCCCAAGACCAGAGAGCGGGAUGCAGGCCCCCAUUCGCUGCUCUCCACGUGGGAUGGGGGGAUUAUUGAUGACAUGCCACGAUCAGAGGGACACCUGACUGGACGGCUGUCUCGUCUGGUGGUGAAGGACCCCCUCCUGUGUAUGUGCUUGUGGGAGACCCUCAUGUUCAUUUACAGAGGAGCGUGGGAGUGGGAACAUCUCCAGGAGGCCCUGGAAGAGAAGUUGAAGAACUCGCUGGCCGUGUCUCAGCUUAUGGAGCGCAUACGAUCACUCAUCGGCAGAGAAAGGGGCCCUAGAGACACCCCAAGUGCACGGGCGGCUCAGCUCGGUCCCCAGACUCUUGUCAACCUCUUCAACUCCCCUCUUUACUCUGAUGUCAUCUUCAUGGUGCAAGGUAGUGUAUUGCCAGCUCACCGAGCAGUGCUUGUAGCUCGCUGUGACGUCAUGGCAGCCAUGUUCAGUGGGAAGUAUGCAGAGGCCCGGAGCCGAGUGGUGCCUAUUCACGGCGUCUCCUCGGACACUUUCCUGUCCUUCCUGGAGUACCUCUACACUGAUUCCUGCUGCCCUGCCAGUGUGCUGCAGGCCAUGGCCGUGCUGGUCUGUGCUGAGAUGUACCAGGUGAAACGACUGCAGCACCUGUGUGAGGUGUGUGUGUGCGCUUACCUUCAGAGCAUGCCCAGUAGAGAGCUGGCAUCAACGGGCAUCAGUGUGGUCCGACUCCUCCGACGAGCAAAGUGUCAUAAUGCAGAGCAGCUGUACGUUUGGCUCCUCCACUUCAUCGCUAACAACUACCUGAUCUUCAGCCACAAGCCUGACUUCCUGGAGCUCUCAGAGGAUGAGCGUGAGCAGGUGGAGAGGCUACGCUGGCCGUCCAGGGGGUACCUGCAGGAGCUCAGUGAGUAUCAGCAGCGGCGACGUAAACUACGCAAGUCCCGCUGCAUUGUCAUGUGA